CUCAACUCCUGCUGUGCUACAUCUUCUUCCUCCUCAAUUCCUCAUCCAUCACCAUCCUCUCAUCCAUGCAAUGUGACCUUACCCAGACAACUGCCAGUCUUAGCAGCAACUGAGGAAAAAAAACACACAAACUUUGGUUGCUAUUCUGAUCUGUCGAUCUCGAUCCUGAAGCAAACUGGUGAGGGGCAAGCGAAGUAGCGAACCAGGAUCAGAUUGAUGGCGAACGACGUUAUCCAGGCCAAGCUGGUACUUCUGGGGGACUUGGGAGCCGGGAAGACGAGCAUCGUGGUUCGAUUUGCCAAAGGAUUAUACUACGAUUGCCAGGAGUCGACGAUCGGUGCGGCGUUCUUCUCGCAGGUGCUGUCCAUGGACGAGGCCACCGUGAAGCUCGACAUCUGGGACACUGCCGGCCAAGAACGCUACCACAGCCUUGCUCCCAUGUACUACCGCGGCGCCGCCGCCGCCGUCGUCGUCUACGAUAUCUCCAGCACGGAUUCGUACAUUCGAGCAAGGAAGUGGGUCGACGAGCUCCAGAGGCAAGGGAAUCCCCAUUUGGUGAUGGCAUUAGUUGGCAACAAGGUCGAUCUGGAGGGAAAGAGGCAGAUUGGAACCCAGGAGGCGAUGGAAUACGCAGAGCGAAACGGCCUCUUCUUCAUCGAGACGUCGGCCAAGACGUCGCAGAACGUCACCGAGCUCUUCUACGAACUAGCUGAUAGGCUGAUGAAAAUGCGGCCGCAUCGCCCCUCCGGCAUGGUCCUACACGACGGCCGGCGCCGCCGCGCCGCCGGCGACGGCGGCGGGAGGCCAUGGCUGUUCUGUUGCUCCGGCUGAUUGCGCCUUCACCGACUCCAAGAAUGCGCCAUCCCUCAUUGAAACCGUCUUCCCGUAGAACCCGCCUUUGACUGCUCAUGUACGAAACAUUACAUAAGUAAAUGGAUAUAUGACGUGGCACAUGCUGACGUG